GAGCUCGGCACUGACUGGGGUCGUGUGGCCCCUUCAGUAGAGAGGCUCCCCUCCCCCAGUCUCCCCCUGCCGGCCGCAGAGGGGGGAGAGAGUAGCAGGAGCAGCAGGAGGAGGAGGAGGAGAGGAGAGGAGGAGGAGGGUUUGAAGCCGUGGCAUGUAUGAGCUCAUCUGAACCCAAUCUCCGCUCCACACGAUCCUAUGACCGAGACGGGAAUAUAAAAUCACAAACACAGAUCCCCGGAUCACUUCUAAACAUUUUCUUACUCUUUCCACCGUCAGGACAUGUCUGAAAGUAAGGGUCUUCAGCCAGACCAAUGUUGGCUGUGUGUGUUGUGUUUAGGGAUGCCCUAUUUUAGAUCAGACGUUAUUUAUUGAGAACUGUUUGACAGACCAAAUCUCUUUUGACAUGUUUAGAAGUAAACGCUGUUAGUACCAGACGCCGCCUGCUCAUUAGCGCCCUCUAGUGGAGGGACGACGCAUGGGUUCUUGCAGCCGAACCAUUUGAAGUCAUCUUUAAUUGCAGGUAUUGAGUAAACAGAAAUUGGCCCUUUGUCCUAUUUCCAACUCUUUUCUGUUUCCAUCUCUUUGUAUGAAUAACUCUGUGUUCCAGUCUCAGGAUGAACCAUAAGCUGUAAUUCUACUUGUCAAUAUGAAGGCGAUAGAACCCAAGUAGAGUAUCGCAGACCCCUGGCCGCCACCAGCUCCUCUUAGUCCGCUUUCAGCCUGUGAUCCGCCUGGUAACCGACCCUAACCCCUGGUAACCGACCCUAACCCCUGGUAACCAACUCUAACCUCUGGUAACUCUGUCUGAACCGGCACAGAGAGGUUAUGCUCUUCCCUUCCAAAGCUAGCUAAAACGUUUUUUAUUUUUCUUAUACUAUUCAUAUCUAGUGGCUUUUCUUGCAGUUCUACCUAUUUAAAUGAUCAGUGUUCAAUGUGUUCGCUAUUCACUUAUUAGAGAAACCCUGUUUUACCACCAGGUGGCAGUGUUUCACCAAUUGUGACGUCACUCGGGCAGAUGAUGAAAUUGUCUCCUAAAGACUGAACCACAUUCCACCUGGUGGUGAAAUACAAACCCUUUUGGAUUCUUAACCCCCGACGAGAGAUGACUGUAUCGGAAUGAUGAGCGUCUGUACGUAACCGUGGGAUGGGAGCCUUGAGGCUAAUUUGGUUCUCAGUCUGUUUGUUGUUUGUGCUAACUGUGCAGCAGUACCUUAUCUGGUGGUAACCUUGCUAUUUAUCCCAGCGCGUGCUAACGUUGCAGCGGUACUGUUUAGCCGGUAACCAUGCUAUUUCCCCUAGCGUCCGGCUAACAUUGCAGCAGUACUGCUUAGCUGGUAACCAUGCUGUUUCUCCUAGCGCGUGCUAACACUGCGGCGGUACUGUGUAGCCGGUAGCCGUCGUGGUUCAGUGGUCUGUUAAAAGUGUGGUUGUUCCGCCCAGCAGGAACCUAAAAUGGGCAGAAAUGGUGCUGAACAAAAGCUGCUUGUCGCUCGUACUAAAGUACAGCGCUGCAGAGGGGACCGUGCUGCUAUGCUAAUGCCUGUGCCUCUCAACAGGAAAGCGCCGACAUGUUCCCGAAGGGCACCAAGAGAAAGUUCUCUGACUCCGCGGACGACCCGGCGCCCGAGCCGGCCACGCCGCCGGCCCCGCCCCCCCGGCCGCUGGCCCCGCCCCCCCGGCCGCUGGCCUCCACCUACAGCCUCCAGAGGCAGUCGCUGCUGGACAUGUCGCUCAUCAAGCUGCAGCUGUGCCACAUGCUGGUGGAGCCCAACCUGUGCCGCUCGGUGCUCAUCGCCAACACGGUGCGGCAGAUCCAGGAGGAGAUGACGCAGGACGGCAGCUGGCAGCUGAUGACCCAGGCGCUGGCCGCGGCGCAGUGCCCCGCCGACCGGCUGGUGGCCAGUGAGCUGCUCUGCCGGCAGACGGACCCGGCGGCGGCGGCGGGGGGGCCCAAGCCCUACGCGCUGGUGGGCGAGGCCUACCGCACGGAGGAGGUGGUGAUGGAGGGGCCGGCGGGCGAGGGCGCCGCCUACCUGGCGGGGCCAUUCGGCGUCAGCCCCUGCUGGCAGGAGGAGGAGGAGGAGGAGGACGGGGACUGCGAGGAGGAAGAGGAGGAGGAGGAGGAGGAAGAGGACAGCGAGGAGUGUGCCUCUGAGGGGGAGGAGGGGGAGCAGGUUUUUGGGACGUUUGAGAUCAAACACCCGCCCCCCGGGCCGGACCCCGCCCUGGAGGAGCUGUUCUCGGACGUGGACGCGUCGUACUACGACCUGGACACGGUGUUGACCGGCAUGCAGGCGGCCCCCAAGAUGGGCCCCUAUGACCUGCUGGAGAGCCUGUCCUCCCACGGCCCCGCCCCCCUCAGCUCUAGCUCCUCCUGCAGGGCGGACCUCAACGAACUGGACCACAUCAUGGAGAUCAUCGUCGGCUCCUAGAGACUCACGGCCACGCUCGGGCCGGGAACACGUGGCUCACCGUCUGCUAGCAGGCCGCUAACAGCCUGCUAGCGCACUGUUAGCGGGCCUCUAAGUCUUCUGUCAGGAUGUUGGCACGAUGCUAACCGUCUGCUAGCGGGCUGCUAACAGUCUGCUAGCGCACUGUUAGCGGGCCUCUAAGUCUUCUGUCAGGAUGUUGGCGCGAUGCUAACCGUCUGCUAGCGGGCCGCUAACAGUCUGCUAGCGCACUGUUAGCGGGCCUCUAAGUUUUCUGUCAGGAUGUUGGCACGAUGCUAACCGUCUGCUAGCGGGCCGCUAACACUCUGCUAGCGCACUGUUAGCGGGCCUCUAAGUCUUCUGUCAGGAUGUUGGCAUGAAGCUAACCGUCCGCCAGCACACGGCAAAAACACUGUGCUAGCACACUGUUGGCACACAGCUAACAUUGUGCUAGCACACUGUUGGACGGCACAUGUCAGUAUGUGCCAUCACAAGUGGUGAUUGUUGGGGUUUUGUGAACAAGGUAGGAAAUAAGAAGUUGCUGGAUGCUAACAGGUAUUUAGCUGAAUGCUAACAGGUAUUUGGCGGCUACUUCACCAGGUGUCGGUUGGACCAUCAUAAGUAUUGUUUUGGGGUUGUAUUUUUUUUUGUUAUAAGUUAUCUUCUCUACUCUGAAACUUCACCCUGCUCUUCAAAGUUUCCUGCGUUGAUAAAAUUUAAACCCCAACAGUAUCGGUGAGACGACAAAGAUAACUACAUAUCCCAGGACGCAUUAGUUCUUUCCACAUUAUUUAUUAUUCCAUGAACACUACAGAGGCCAGAACAAACCCUUGAUCCAAAUCUAAGAAGCAAUGCAUAUUUUCCUAAAGAUUUGAGCAAUUAUGAAUGAAAUAUAUGUAUAUGUACUUAUGUGUAUAUAGAAUUAUAUUUUUUUGCAUAUGCAGCAGUGGGAUUUUAAGUAUAAUUUGAUGUAAUUUUUCCCUCUUACGUUUUUUUAAGAUUUUAAGGUAGCGAGACUCGACCACAACGUCUUCCUUAGUGUUCGUUAUACAACUGUCGUUCAUCUCCUCACCACUAGAGGGGCUCUGAUCCUCCUCCAUCACCGUCUGGUUUACUGUAGGACUCCGAGGCCGCCAGGUGCCAGCUCUACCGGGAGAAACUCCACAAAAAACAUUAAAAGCCAUAUUUCUUCCUCUUGUUUAAACAAAACAGAACUAUUCAAGUUGACCCAUCUAAUUUAUUUCAUGUUUCUGUAUUUAUUUGAUUUUUUUUUUUUUUAGGUACAGACAGGUUAUAACUGAUGUCUCAAUUCAUCAACACAUCCCGUUUUUACAGAACAUUUUAUAUUUACCUGAACGAUGCCCUCUAUUUAAAAUGCAGCAUCUAUUUAUUCCAUGCAUUUUCUUUUGUUAUUCUUUCUAAUAACCGGGUCACUAUGCAGCUCAUUCACACACUUUUCAAAAUGAUUGUAUCCGAUUCAAAGACCUUUUAUGCAAACAGUUGCCUUUCUCCUGAAGAUAUGGAAAUGCUUUCUCCAAAUUGUUAUCAUGACGUAGACAUUUACUCAGGCGAGGCGACGGCGGAUUGGACUCUGACGUCACACUGCUCAGAGCGAAGCCUUGGGGACGGACUUGGACUUCAAAGACUUAUUACAGUUGUAAAAUGUAUGCAUUUUUUACAUUAAGAAAAAAAAAUCGUUGUAGCAUCUUUGUAAAUAUUUUUUAUAAUAAAAGGUGCAACUAUU